AUGCAUUGCUAUCUGACUAAAGCUAAUAUCGAAGUUAAAUAUAGUCUGACUGAUGAAUAAAUGUUGAAUUUUGGUCCUUGAAAUGAUUAAACAAGCGUCUGACUAAGAUGAGAGUCGUGUUAGCUUUCUGUCACAUCAGAGUUUAACCUUGACCAGCAUCCACAGUGACGUGUAAUGAAGCAUAUAUCUCAGAAUGACUCACUCCAAGGUAAAGACAGAAUCAUCUUUGUUACCAAAGAGGAUCAUGCAACACCCAGCAAUGCUGAGCUUGUAGAGGAGGAUCCUAAUGACCCAUACGAGGAGCGAGGUCUGAUUCUUCCCAGUGGGGAAAUCAACUGGAACUGCCCCUGCCUGGGUGGGAUGGCCAGUGGUCCCUGUGGGACUGAAUUUAAGGAGGCCUUCUCCUGUUUUCACUAUAGUAAGGAGGAGGUGAAGGGCUCUGAUUGUUUGGAUCAGUUCAGGUCCAUGCAGGGGUGUAUGCAGCGUUACCCAGAGCUCUACCCACAGGAGGAUGAGAAAGAGUCAAGAGAAAAAGACCAGACAUCACAAGACUCCGCAUCCGCAGAAACAUCAGGUGCAAACUCGACAUCUGACAUUGAAAAAGACUCCAACACCACACAACCCAACAAAGAGGGUGCAGUGGAAAGCUAAUAAUCAGCCCUCAGGGUGAUGUUGGCAACAAGACUUUAAGAUUUAACUGAAAUCCCAUCUAGUCACCCCCCUUUCUGCAGGCAAAAAUAUCAUUUUCUUUUCAAUUUACUUAGUAAAGUAAGUAAGUUAGUAAAUUUCAGAGAAGUAUAUUCAUCAUACUAUAGGAAGCCGAUGGAACAUACUAUAUGUGCAUUAUUGAAUUCAGAGGGCUGUCCAAGUGGCCUGCGGAGGACUGAAAAACAAAGUAGACAAACUUCCACCCUUACCUCACAAUCAAUCUGCUGAUAAUAUGAUAAAAAAGAAAGGAUUACAGCAGGGUCUAAACUCAAAAUAAUAUUGAAUGGGUAUGUUUACAUGCUACUUUAUACGCUGAAGCUGAACAGCUUAUCAGACCUGACCAGCAAACUCACACGAGCAGUGCACUUUUCCUUAUCAGAUGUUUGUUAGGUUGCCUAAUCAACAGGUGUAUGUGCAAAACAAGUAAAUUACAUUUAAAGGAGAAUUGAGGUGGGAAUUGUCGCAUUAUGCAAAUGUUAUCGUCAUGGAGCCGUGAAAUAAUCAUUUGGUUUUCAUUCAUCAUAAAACAAGAAUGUUGAACAUGUGGUUUACAUGGGUAAUAUGGAUGUUGUUUAAGACACAAAAGAAGACAUUUCAUUUCAGCUGGUCUUUAAACCUUCUAUAGUAAAUAAGAUGGUUUAUACCUUUUUUAAAUAAUAUAAUGUGACCAAAGAAAAAAUGUUUCUCUGGAAAGGUUAAAGGUGCACUAUGUAGAUUUGCGAGUGAAAUUUGAAAGUUGGAGAAGUGAAAAAAUUGUAUGCUAUAUUUUCUGAACUAAAUACACAAAAUGUAUUCAAAGAAAAAAAAUGGUUCCCUGGAACACUGUUUGGAGAUAAAAAGCGAGCAGGAGAGUUACGGUUUUACUGUUGCCUUCCCCCCACCACAACUUCUCUCGUAGCAUUUUAUCUUCAGACAUUGUUCCAGGGACCACAUUUUACUCUGAGGACAGUUUGUGUAUAGAGUUAUGAACAUAUACCACAGAAUCUGUACAUUUCUCCAACUUUCACAUUUCUCUACCAAAACUACAUAGUGCACCUUUAAAUUGAAGGUUUUUUUUUUUUUUACUGGAUUCAAGCAAAAACGAGAUUUAAAAAGUUUUGCUUGCAUUUAGAGUUUAAUGGACCAAACUUAUUUAGUACACUAAGGUGUAUAGAGUUCAGUUUCAAUUUUUCAAGAAUGACAGUUCCUGGGUAGGAUUUACCAUGAAAACAUGUUAGAUGUUGCUCAUGCAUUUUUCAUUAAAGGGCAUUUUACAAUCAUCAUGUGAUUGUUGAUUUUCAUGUUAAACUUCUAGUUUGUUUUCACAAUGUUACAAACUAAACUUUUAAAUUCACAGAGGUGUGAAGAAUGUACAGGGGAAAAAAAACUGAAUCUUCCUAAUCUGGGAUUCUCAGCUGCUCUCUGUGCUGUAGGACUGCAUUUCUUCUGCUAACUUAUUACCUGACUUUAAACAUUUACCUCAGCUGAACUUUGAGGAUCCAUUUGUGUGCGAUGCCGGACUGAUGAAGUGACUUGAAGUGAAUAUUGUUGAAAGUUUUUUUUAUAAUAAAUAGCAUACCUUUAUAUAUCCUUGUUAGUUAUUAUUGUUGUUUUCACCUUUAUGUUUCUUAUGUCUGUAAGAAAUCUGCAAUUACAGAGAGAGCCACAGGCACAGGCAUUGCUGAGAAAUACUGGUGAAACUAUGAAAGUUGGUGUAUGGUAUAAACCAUUUUAAUAAUUAUAAUUCACUACUUGUUUUUUUUUUUGUUCAGUAUUAACACUGCAAGCUUGCUGAAAAGUAGUCGUCCAUGAUUUUGGUUAAAAAUAUUUAACACAGCAAGUAAACUAAUUUAUUACAGCACAUAAGACAAAAAGCUCUGUCAUUGGAUCUCUUGAGUAUGACACGCAUGGUUUUUCUUCUAUAUAAAUAUGACCAUGAUAAUGGUAAUGUUCAAAGAAUUCUAAAGAAUAUUCAACCUUUUUGAAUAAAGUUUCUAUACCUUGUAUCACAUUGUCUAAAGAAAAAAGUCAUAAUUUGAGAAUAAAGACCUCAAAGUAUGAAA